AUGAUCUCCUCAGACAUACAGGGACACAAGUUCUCAAGACCUCCAAUCCUGCAGUCUACUCAGAUAUCACAGAUAGGAACUAGGCCAAAGAUGGAUGUGGACAGGAAUUGGGUCGGUCCGGACGUCGGACCUAGCUUGGUUCCCGGACUGUCCGGGCGGCAGCAGGAGCCGUCGUCGCCGCCUUCUCGUCGCCUCAACCUGGCGUUUUGUUCCGAGAGACCCGAGAGGCGAGCGGAGCUGACAGUGAUUUUGACAGUAGGUGCAGGGAGCGCGGCGCGGCGGGGCUGCUGCUGCUUGCUGCUGUUGGCGGCGGCGGUUGUUGUUGGGUCGUUGAGCUUCAAUGGAGUCUUGGGAGGUUCUUCCACCCGGAGCCCCUCUGCUGCCAUCCCCCAGCCCUACGUUGGUGACUAUUACGACACAGAUCAGGUCAAUUGCUCCUUAAUUUUGACGGAUCCAGGACCACCCCCACCUUCUCCAUUGCUAGGUUUAAAGCCACUACAGUUACUGGAAGUGAAAGCAAGGGGAAGAUUUGGUUGUGUCUGGAAAGCCCAGUUGCUCAAUGAAUAUGUAGCUGUCAAAAUAUUUCCAAUACAGGACAAGCAAUCGUGGCAAAAUGAAUAUGAAGUCUAUAGUUUGCCUGGAAUGAAGCAUGAAAAUAUAUUACAGUUUAUUGGUGCAGAAAAACGAGGCUCUAGUGUCGAUGUGGAUCUUUGGCUAAUAACAGCAUUUCAUGAAAAGGGUUCACUCUCAGACUUCCUUAAGGCUAAUGUGGUCUCUUGGAAUGAAUUGUGUCAUAUUGCAGAAACCAUGGCUAGAGGAUUGGCAUAUUUGCAUGAGGAUAUACCUGGCCUAAAAGAUGGCCACAAACCUGCCAUAUCUCACAGGGACAUCAAAAGUAAAAAUGUGCUGUUGAAAAACAAUCUGACAGCUUGCAUUGCUGACUUUGGGUUGGCAUUAAAGUUUGAGGCUGGCAAGUCUGCGGGUGAUACCCAUGGACAGGUUGGUACCCGGAGGUAUAUGGCUCCAGAGGUAUUAGAGGGUGCUAUAAACUUCCAAAGGGAUGCAUUUUUGAGGAUAGAUAUGUACGCCAUGGGAUUAGUCUUGUGGGAACUGGCUUCUCGCUGUACUGCUGCAGAUGGGCCUGUAGAUGAGUAUAUGUUGCCAUUUGAGGAGGAAAUUGGCCAGCAUCCAUCCCUUGAAGACAUGCAGGAAGUUGUUGUGCAUAAAAAAAAGAGGCCUGUUUUAAGAGAUUAUUGGCAGAAGCAUGCUGGAAUGGCAAUGCUCUGUGAAACAAUAGAAGAGUGUUGGGAUCAUGAUGCAGAAGCCAGGUUAUCAGCUGGAUGUGUAGGAGAAAGAAUUACUCAGAUGCAAAGACUAACAAAUAUCAUUACCACAGAGGACAUUGUAACAGUGGUCACAAUGGUGACAAAUGUUGACUUUCCUCCCAAAGAAUCUAGUCUAUGA